CGACAGGCUGUAACACUGAUGCUGCUGCACUGCAGCAUCUGAGCUUCUACAAUCCUAUCGAAUGAUCCUCUGCCCUGCGAAAGCUAUUGGCUUUUGCCAAUGUUCUUUCGACUUAUAACAAGAUUAUAAAAUUAUGUCGCCACUGACACUCUUCUUCAUUUCCCGCUUCGCCUAAUUUUGGUGAUUGCAAUUUUGAGAGAUGCCAUUGAAAAUGAGCUCCAGCAACACAGUCGGACGAGGGAAAGGAAAGAGAUGUAGGUCAGGGUGCUGGACAUGCCGGGAAGCAGGGUACAAAUGCGACGAAGCGAAGCCAUUCUGCGGUCGCUGUGUAAGGUUAAAAAGACCUUGCCAAGGCUAUGGGUUGAGGCUGAGGUGGCGCCAUCACAAAGACUCAAGCGGCAAAGAGGACCUUCGAUUCCAACAUGAUGAUAACCGUCGUGAAGCGGCCAAACCAGCAGCGGACAGCAAUGAGGCCCAAUCUGCCAUUAUUUCACCACCUACAGGCAAUGCCGCCACGACACCCAAUCGUUCCACCUCGGACGGUUGGAUGUCGGGUGGCAUCUUUUCGCCCGACAGGCGCGAUCCAUACACACUAUUAAAUCCAACGAGCAUCCAAUCCCAACAAGGUGGCAAUUCAAGGAGUAAUGACUUAAAAGAUCGACAAUUCGACAACAUAAGAGAGAGAGAGCAGUUAUGCGGAGUUUCAAUACUGCCUGGACCGUCCUAUUGGACUUGGUACUUUUCUCUCGAUGAUUAUCACCUUUUUCAUCAUUUCAUUACGGUUGUCUCUUCUUUUAUUUCCAUAAAGCCUACAGAUAAUCCUUUCCAGAAACAUUUUACUAGCAUGGCUUUACAAAAGGGCCCUCUUCAGUCCGCCAUCCUCUCAGUGGCUGCCAGUCAUUUGGCAGCAAUUUUACCUUACAAAGAUACAGAGAUUGCUGCUAGAAAGCACCAUAGGGUAGCUAUACAGUCUUUAUCCAUGGCGCUCAAACAUCCAGCGGAAAGACUUUCUGAUGCGGUUCUUGCGACUGUGUUGAUGCUACAAGUCAGACGUCAGUUUAUCGGCAGUGUCGAUGAGGCAGACGAAUGUCACCUCUCUGCUGCUAGAGAACUCAUUUGUUUACGCAAACGUCUUCCUGUUGCGCCGACGACGCCCUGUUUUCAAUUCCUUCUAAGUCUCUUUAGCUAUCAUGACAUAUUGGGAUCCAUUGCUCAUGCGAGAGCGCCUUUUAUUCUUGAUCAUGAGCACCGCUACUCGAGUACCAUGGCUCCGCUCUUCGACAGUGCCUUCGAUAUUCUCCACAUAGUAUCGGAUAUCAGUUCGCUACAGUCGAUGAAGAGUGGUGCCAUGAAUGCAUCAAAUGAAGAGGUUCGGUCGCUGAUCCAAAUAUUUGAACAUAAACUCGAAACCUGGCGGCUGCCUCACGACGCUGCCGAAAAUAUUGAUCUUGCCAAUACAGCCACUGCAUACCACGCUGCUGCAUCAAUCUAUCUAUUCCGUGUGGCAUAUAAUAUAGGUUCUCCACAUCCGCGUACAUUGCAUCGAGUUCGACUCUGCUUGGACGCGAUAGCGAACGUUCCUAUAACGUCACCACUGGUAUCUAUGCACGUUUGGCCGUUGUUUACGGGUGGAUGCGAAGCUAUUGAUCCGCAAGAUAGAUUAUUUGCAGUACAGCGGCUCAAAGAAAUGUACGCUCUUCGGAGAAUUUCCUCUCUUAUUCGUGUUCGAGAAGCCAUGGAAACAGUAUGGACGUGCAAAGACUUGCAAGGCGGAGAUAGCAGGCCUGAUCUCAUGGCCAAACUAGGGUGUCUUGAAGCUUUGGAUCAACUGGGCCUUGGCAUAGAACUAGUUUAGAAGCUCAAUAUUUAACAUCAGCCUUCAACUUAAUAGACGAAGAUGUGCCUAUGAUCGCC